AUGAUCGCGGGGUUGCGCCAGGCACGCUCCAAAUCUCACUCCCAGGAAGGAGUAGCUCCUAAGAUCAGCAACUUGUCAAGUUAUGCACAGAAGCGUGUUAGAACAGUCCCUGUGAAUCAUCUAGCUGCUAUCCCUGAGUGGAAAACUGCUGCAUCUGAAGCAGAAGCUGAUGAUUACAAAGCUGCAACCUUAGCAAAACUGGGCACAACUGUCUGUCGCCUGAACAUAGAUAUCCCAGCCAGUGAUGAGUCAGAGAAGAUGAGGAAAGAAGUGGUGGACAGGUGCAGGUGUGCCCAUCCAGGAUCCGAGGACUGUGUACGCGUUCAUGUCGGCAAGGCGAGGAGCUGGAUCAAGGAUCAGUUGGGUGAGGAAGCUUUCAGAAACUGCGGGCUUGAUGCGAUGGGUGAGCAAGUUGCAGAGUUAUGGGCUUCAGUUGACAGAAAGAAACUCGAAGAUCUUGACAAGUUGGUUCCACAGAAUAAACCCCAGAAGUUCAUGGAGACUGCCUUGAAGGAGCUAGGACAAAAGGAAACAAAGGAUCUUGCAAAGUACUGCUACAAUGUUUUUCUUCCCAGAAGAUUGGCAAGCUUGACCAGGGCAGAGCAUAAAAAUGACGAAGCUGUUGACUGGGAGGAUGAAAAGAGUGACCAAGAGGAUGACAGGAACGACCGUUCGCCUCGAAAGAAGAAUAAAACAUCAGGAUCUUCUUCUUCCACAAGCUGCAGGAAGUAG